AUGUCGAUUCCAAUGAGUUGCAUAUCCAUAAAAUCUACACAAGCUUCACUAGGACAAGAUCGCACUGGACGGAUUGGGCACCCCGAGCUCACUCCCAAAAAUAGACUACGCCGAUGGCCCUGGGGACAUGCACAGGGUUUUGAAUCACCUGGCGCUCUCGCCCACCCGAAGAUUAUCCAUCCGGUAGCUGCAGAAGAUUCCGGUCGCAUCCCCUCCCUCGCUCCCCAACACCGCAGCUCGCCCAUCAUGCAGGCCACACGGCCGCUCUUGUUCAAGGGCUUCAUUGGCCGCAGCGUCGAUGAGUUCAAGAGGCUUUCCCACAUUGUUUUCAGCCUCGAAGGCAUCAAGGGCGGCGCGGCCCCUUACGAACUCCACAACUUCCGUAGCCCGACAUCGAUACAAGACUGCAAACUCAUGUCCGACGUAGAGAUUGGCGGCUUCUCAAAAGCGAACCUCGACUGGAUACCCUCGCCGCCCGCCUCCUCCGACAUCCAGCGGCCAUCCCCCAACUCCCUCGGCUAUGCUAAGUUCCACGGAAACAUUUCCACCGAACUCCCCCCAGACCGACCCGACAUCAAGCGAACAGGCUACGCGGCCUUCCGCACACGGGACCGGCCGCCGACCAUCUUCGGGCGCAGCCUCUACAACAUCGACCCCUACGUGUACCUGGCGCUGCGCGUCAAGUCGGACGGGCGCAGCUACUUCAUCAACGUACAGACAGAGUCGGUCGUCCCCACCGACCUGCACCAACAUCGGCUUUUUGUCAAGAAGCCGGGGGAGUGGGAGACGGUGCUGAUCAAGUGGAACGACUUUGUGCGCACCAACUACGGCUUUGUCGUCGAGCCGCAGACCGAGAUCAUGCGCCAGAAGGUCAAGUCCAUCGGUAUCGGACUGACCGACAGGAUACCGGGUCCGUUCGAACUGUGCAUCGAGCGCAUGUGGGCGACGAAUAGCGAGAAGGAGGCGGAUAGUGUGUUGGAGUUGUCGUCAUCCAAGCCCAAGGAAGCGGCGGAUGCGUCGACCACGAAGGAAGGGAAGCUGAAGACCAAACAAGGGCAGAAGGUCGCUUGGGUAGAUAAAUGA